ACUCGGCCUAAACGAAUGGCGGACGGGAAACCGAAGCGAUCACUAUUCAAACGCCCAACGUGGGCCGCGGCUGCACCGGCGCCUGCUUCAGCAUCACCGGAUCCGACAGCCAAACCGGAAGCGCCGACCGACAUUUUCAGCCAUUCGCAUACAUUCAGCGAGCUCGUAGAGGAUCGUCAACGCCAGCGCCAACGUAAGAAGAGCGACAAGGAUGUCUUGAGGCGGAGUCAGGCCAAGGAAGUGAAAGAUGAAGAGUCGCGAGCGGGCAAGCGCCGGCGCAUAAGCGAUGAGGAUGGCACUGAGCUUCCAACCAAGCCCAACCCCAAGGACACAGAAAGAAAGACGUCGAUACAAGUAUCUGCCGGUUCAGAAAGCUUUGCGAUAGCUCCUACACCGCAAAAACCACGACCGCGCCAAGAGACAGUCAUAGAAUUGCUGGACGACUCGGAUGACGAUGAGCCCGUCAGCUACAAUAAUGCUUCGCACAAUAUCACUUCUUCGAAUGCCACAAGUCUUGAACCCAUACCUGCCGUAGAAGCCGAUCCAGAUGCUGACCUGGACGCCGUCUACUAUUCCGACCCAGAGAUGCGCGAGUUUGCCCGUCAGGCUCGUGAGAAACGACGACGAGAAGAGCGAGAGCGUACCGAGACUGGUGCUCACGAUCCGACUGUCAAACUCCUCAUCACCUCGACAUUACCGGGCACCGGACCUCUGAUCGUUUCUCGCAAGCUAUCGCAGAAUUUACAGGCUGUACGAGAAGCCUGGCUCAGCAAGCAGUCAUUAGACCCGUCGACCGCCAGCCGUAUCUUCUUCACGUUCAAGCUACGGAAGGUGUAUGAUGUGACUACCGUACGUAGUCUAGGAAUAAAGGUGGACUCUUACGGUCGUAUUAUGACCGAUGGACCUNUUGCCAAUACCGACGACGAGCAUGCCGAGAAGAUUCAUAUCGAGGCCGUGACGGAUGAAGCAUGGCAACAGCUCAAGGACGAGAAAGCCGCGAGGGAUGCGCCGAAACCGAACAAGUACCUGAGUAACGCUGCAGCUGCGGACGGCAGAGGUGCCAGCACCGAGGGUACACCUGCGGUGGAGGGAAAGGCUGCUGUCGAAGAACCUCUGAUUAAGGUCACAUUAAAGGCGAAGGGUCACUCGGAUAUCAAGAUCAAAGUACGGCCGAUGAUCAAUGCAGCACGACGGAGUUUCAAGCUCGAUGCUGAACGCGUUGUUCACCUCGAGUUUGACGGCGAAAGGCUGGAGCCGCCAGAAGGACUGGUCAAGGAUACGGAUAUCUCGGAUAUGGAUUGCAUUGAUGUUCAUAUCAAGUAA